CAAUAUAAGCCCUCCACCAUUUUACAGUCAGCCAUCUUGUCCCUCAGCGAGCAGCAGCGGCUCCUCACAACUUUUGUUAUUGUUGUCUUUUGGGUGUCCCGCUCAUGUAAUUCCCACCUCCGCUUCACCACGCAGCCUCCAGGAUGUCUGUGCACUACAAGUUCAAGUCGGCGGUGGAGUACGACACUCUGCCAGUGGACGGCGUCAGCAUCAGCCUGGAGGACCUGAAGGAGGCCAUCAUCCAGCAGAAGAGGCUUGGCCGUGGUCAGCCCUAUGACCUGCAGAUCACCAAUGCUGAGACCAAAGAGGUAUACACCAAUGAAAAGACUUUGAUCCCCAAGAACUCGUCGCUUAUUGUGGCAAGAGUACCAACUGAUCCCAUGCAAAUGAAGAAGCCAUGGGACGGGAAGGAAUCCACAGCCCUGCUACUAUCCAUCCCUUCAAACCUGAUGAACACAGAAGAUGCUGCUGAGGCUGCCAAAGUUGACAGAAAGAUUCAGGAGCUGACAGAUCUGACGCGCAUGGAUGGCAGUGAGGAUGACAAGAUCAAUGCAAUGGUGGCCCAGUCAACAAUGGCCUACCACCCUUCCAAGUACGCCAAGAUUCGCGUCAGCAAGAUGAUGGGUUCUGUUCCUCUAGACUACAAGUGCUACAAGUGUCAUCAGAGUGGCCACUGGGUCAACAUGUGUCCUCUCAAUCAUCAAGACUUACGUAAGAGCACUGGCAUCCCGUCCAAGUUCCUGGUGGAGGUGAGCGACCCGAGCAUUCCCGGUGUCAUGAUCAACUCAUCGGGGAAGUUUGUGCGACUGGUGGACAUGGAGGAGAUGUCUCAGGAAAAGCAGCUUCCCCCUCCAGAUCGACCGCCACCCCCUGAGGACAUUGUGUGUCUGCUGUGUAAGGAGUUGCUUAGGGAUGCUGUGCUCAUUCCCUGCUGUGCUGCUGCCUUCUGUGAUGACUGCAUCAGGAAUCACUUGGUAGAGUCUGAGGAGACACGGUGCCCCAUCUGUCAGGAGGAUGGCAUCAGUCCAGAUACCCUCAUCCCCAAUCGCUACCUGCGCAUCAAGACCAAGCAGUACACCAGUGGAUGGCUGGGGAGUGAGAAGAAUGACAAGAGUGCAUCUGAGCCACUGUCAUCCAUCCCACCAUACAUGGCCAACAUGAACAUCACCACCCCGCCAAGGAGCCCCCUCAGAUGCUCCAGCCCGGCUACCUCCAUCAAACCAGUGGACCAGCAGCAGCAGCAGCAGCAGCAGUCACAGGCCUCCUCCCACCCAAGCGGCACACCCUCAUCCUGCCCUGCAAGUGACCUGCAGGAGAACGGCGAUGCAGACUCAGACAAGGAGAAUGCCUCAGUGGAGAUUAGCAGUGGUGUGGAGCUGUCAGAGACCUUCCCUGAGUCUGAGGAGGUGGAGGAGCCCAGCAAGGAGGUCUUGGAGCCAGAGCCAUACCCCGAGGACAGUCAUGAGGUGCAGGAACAGGACCAGGAACAACAGGAGCAGGAGCAGCAGCAGGAGCAGCUGCAGCAGCCCGAAUCCAUCCUGGCUGAGCCCAGCAUGGAGGGAGAGGUGAAGCAGCGCAAGAGCAAAAAGAAGAAGAAGCGGAAGGCCAGCCGCCAUGAGUCUGAAGAGGAGAAGGAGGGCAAGGAGGGGAAGAAGAAGAAGGACAGGAAGCACUCUCACAAGAGCCAGGAGGGGAAGAGCAACAGUGCUGAGAAGGAACUGCUGCGGGACAUUCACUCUCUGGUGCCAGAGGUGAAGGGUGGCGUGGCAGGGGAGGCGGAGGACCUGUGGUCAGGUGGCAAGGUGCAGCAAGAGCCACUGAGGAGCAGGAGUAGGAGCAGGAGCAGAAGCAGGGGCAGGAGUAGGAGCAAGAGGGAGAGUGAAGUGUCCAGCGGCAGAUAUGACAUCCUUCCGUUCAACCCACGCGUGCCGCCGCCGACCACUACCUUCAUGCAGUCACCGCCCAAAGACCAGUUCUACCAAGUCCCUCCUUUUGUGUCCUCAGUGCCUCCCACUCACACAGUCCCCGUGGCCCAAGCUGCCUCACAGUACCACCUCUUCCCACCUGGUGGAUCAUUCAGCACAGCUUCAGCUCAUCCCAGCACCUCCCUGGCACGUGUUAGCGAGCAGCCCCAUCCUCCUUCAGCCUCCCGCCUCCCCACAGGGUCCCCAGAUCUCUCAGUGCCUCCCCCAUCAUACAUCAAGCCCCCCGGCAUGUAUCAGCCACCACACGUCAUGCCCUUUGAGCCCAUUGCUGACCCCCUCACACUGUUCAACAAGCACCUGCAGGAGAAGGAUGAGCAGAGGGCACGCCGGGCCAGGAAGAGCAGAUCCAGGUCCCCACGCUCUAGGUCGCCCCCUCACCGCUACCACUCGAGGGGCCGGUCUUCCCGUCGGUCGUGGACUCGUUCUCGGUCGCGGUCCCCUUCGAGGUCGUGCUCCCGUAGUCGGCUGAUAGGUCCCGGCACUCGGUCACCACACUCCCCCAUCAGGCACCGAUGGAGUCGGUCUCCUCCACGCGGCCACAACAACUACCACUCCCAGCGCUCCCCCUCCUUCACCCGGGAACGCUCCCUCUCCAACCAUUCCCUCUCUCUCAGCAGGACACCAAGCCCCAGCCAGCGCAUAAAGUCCUCCCCCUUACAAGUACGGCCAUUGCUUCCCGUGCAGUCCAGGUCACCCAUCAGGCCCCACAUGGAGUUCAGUGGUCCCAGGGAGUUUGAGAGGUACCCUGCCUCAUCCCUGCCAGCAGAGGAGUACCCCUCCUACCCUGCACCUGGAGCAUCCUGGGACCCACACGCCUGGUACAACCAACCAUCCCACGAUAACUUCCAUGGGGAGUUUGGUGAUGGGCGUGGCAAGGGCGGCCGCAACAGGCGUGGCAGAGAGCGAGGUGGCAUGAGGCAGACAGAUGACUUUGGCUACGACCAGCACAGCCAGGAGGCCCGGUAUCCAUAUGACAGGAACCAGCCGCCCACAGAGGAGCCUCGCCGGGGCUUGGCCAACCCACCUGCUCACUGGGAGAGGAACAUACGCUAUGACUACGACAAGGACUCCAACCCCUGGAUGGACCGUGGUGCACGGCUGCCCUUGGAGCCUGAGAGGAGGUUUUAUGGGGAGAUGCACGACCUGCCACGGGAGUACGAGGAUCCCAGGAUGAGGCGGGAUCGUCCGGAGACCCUGCGGCGGCUCGGUGAGGCGGCAGGGCGCAAGGGCGUAGAGGACGAGUGGGCCAGGUACCCCGACAUGGAGAGGAGGAACUUCGAGGAGGAGGAAUCCAGGCGGAGAAACUUCAAACUGCUUGGGGAAUUUGACGAGCCACACAGGUCUUCCGACACUGACCGCUUCGAGGACUUCAAGCGCUUCAACCCACAGCGGAAGGACGAGGGUAGGAGAGACGAGGGGCCCAGGAAGGACAGCGAGCCUCGCAGAAAUCUGGAUCCCCUUAGGAAGGACAAGGGAGAUGCCAGGCUGGGGCGGCAUGAAGGAAAGCGGCAGGAUGAACAUGACUCAAGAUACAAGGCUGGGUCACGCCACAGAGAGCUCCAGGAUGACCCUGCACCUUACAGCACCAAGUCCCAUGACUCCCCAGGGAAAACCUUCAGGAAAUCCCCAGUGAGGGACCGAAGAGACAGAGAUUUGGACAGGAGAGAUAAGGAAAUGGAUAGGAGAGAUAAAGACAUGGAGAAGAGGGAUAAAGAUGGUGACAGGAAAGAAGACAUGGAGAAAAGGGACAAGAGUGGUGACAGACGAGAGAAAGACAUGGACAAAAGAGAUAAAGACAGUGACAGGAGGGAGAAAGACUUGGAAAGAAAGGAUAAGGAUAUGGAGAGAAGGGAUAAGGAGGCAGAAAGAAGAGACAAGGAAACAGAUAAGAGAGAGAAGGAUGGCACAGAUAGAAGAGACAGAGACAUUGACAGGAAGGAUGACCACAAGAGAGAUAGAGAUAGUGGAGAGGGAAGCAAGAAGGAUUCGUACAGGAGAGACAGAGAUGCCAGUGACCGGAGGCACAAGGACAGCGACAAGAGGUCCCGGGACUCUGACAGAAGGGACCGGGACGGAGAAAAGAAAGACCUGGAUAGGAGGGAGUCCCAGAAGAGGGAAAGAGACCAUGACAGGAGAGAAAAGGGUGAUGGAGACAGAUAUGGAAAAGAUGACAGCAAAAAAGAGAGAGAUAGGAGAGAUAGAGAUGGGGAGAGAAUCCAUAGUUCCAGAUGGGACAGAACAGACUCCAAAUCUGAGAGGGAGAAGGAUGAUAGAGGAAAGAGUGAUAGACAUAAAGGAAACUCUCAAGAAAAGGAAGAGAGAGGGCGAAGCAAUGAAAAGGAAGAGAAGAGAAAAGACAGACAGAAGGAAGACAAGUUUGAGAGUCACGGCAACAAGGAGAGUGGGAAGGAUAGCAAAGAGGAAGAUGGGAAACUAGAGAAGAGAAAGCAUGAUAGAAAGAAGAAAAAGAAGGAGAAGAGAAGAGCAUCACAAGCCUCCACAGAACCGUCCCAAGCAGAACUUUCAGGAGAUGAGGGAGAGGACAAGAAGAAGAGAAAGAAGAGGGAUAAAAAGAAGAAAGUAAAAGGCCACUACAGUGAUGCAAAGAAGGACAUGGAAGACACAGAGGAACAUCCUGAGGAGACCAACAAACAGACAGACACAGAGCCUGCUGAUGCACAGUUCACCAUGGAAUCAGAAACCACAGAAACUGCACCAGAGAAUCCCGACCUCCCGCCAUCAGAGUCUGUCCCGGAGAUGGAUGCUGUGUCAGAGAAGGUGUCCUCACCCCUGCCUCUGCCUCAGCUGUCAAAGUGGGAGAGAGAUGAGGAGGCAUCCCACAGUCCCAGUGUGCCGGCAGAGAAGAGCGAACCAGAGGAGGAGAGGAAGGUAACUGUUGACAUCCUGAAGCGUGCAGAAAAUGCCUUGUUCUCUAGCAGAGGUCUGGCAUGUCGCAAGGUGUUCCUGGAGGCACAGAAGCAGAGAGACGAGGAGAGGAGUCCCACGCCAGACUGGGACCGUGCAGAGCUGCGGGAGGCCAAGAGAAGAGGUCCGUCUAUUCAAAUAACCAUCUCCUCAAAGACGGAGUCCCAGAUAGGCCGGCCACGAGGAGGCAGGGCCGAUGCAUCUAGUCCAGAGAGGCAGGAGGAGAGGAAAGGCAGUGGCAAGCCAAAGCGUCACUUAGACAGCGAGUCCAAGUCUGACAAACAUUCUGCCAGGAGUGACAAGGGUGCCUCUAGUCCUUAUGACCUGCAUGAUGCUGGCAGGAGCAGAAGAAAGAGUGAGAAGGAGGACCUGCCUCACACAGAGCCCGAGAAGGAGAAGCAGAAUGUUCAGCCAAGUGCUGCACCACAAGCCACAGAGGUGGAUGUCAGCCCUGUUGCUGAGAAACAGAGUGAAACACAGGAAGAGGUCAAAGAAGAACUGAAGCCACCCACCACUGCAGAACCUGUCAGUGACACAAAAGUGGAGGAAGAGCAGAGAGGACUGAAGAGAGAGUGUUCUGAAGACUCCACAGAGUGCAAAAGAGUCAAGCCAGACACGGUGCCACCUGCCACAGACGGCGAUGAAUCAUUCACUGAGCCAAGCCCCAUAGAGACCCUUCCUGCUGCCAGCACUGUGGAGGCCAGCACCACCAGCCACAGCCCAGCACCUGAGGCAGCUACAACAGAGACCAAUGUCUUUACUUCAGAGACAAGCUCAGCCUCCCCACCUCAGCCUCCUACAGAUUCCACAGCAGACCCUCCACCAGAUGUCUCCCCACUGGAAGAAAAAGUGGAGGAGAGAGAAAAUGCGGUGGUGGAUCUGCCACCCAGUAUAGGUGAGGAAAGCCACAACAUGAGGGAAAGGUACUCCUCCCAUGCAUCUCACUCUUCCCAUACAUCCCACACAUCCCACUCCCAUGCACCACACUCCUUCCAUGCAUCCCACACAUCCCACUCCUCCCAUGUGCCCCACUCCUCCCAUGCACCCUUCCAUGCACCUAAUACCUCCCAUGCACCUGACUCCUCCCAUGCACCCCAAUCCUCUCAUGGACCCAACACCUCCCACACAUCCCAGUCCUCCCACACAUCCCACUCCUCCCACACAUCCCUCUCCUCCCAGCACAGCAAGGAUAUGGUGGAGAGGGAGGAGGAGGGCAUCGAGCCUGAGGAGAGGAAGAGGAAGUACUCUCCCAUACGUGUGCCCUCUCCCACGCCCAGCAAGCACCACAAGGAGGGCCGGACGAAGGAGAAAGGGAAGAAGCGCAAGAAGAGAAAGAGGUCCCUCAGCAUAAGCUCCACUAACAGUAGCAGCAGCUCCUCCAGCAGCAGUAGCACUAGCAGCAGCAGCAGUGAGGACGAGGAGGUGGUGAGGAAAAAGAGGAGAAAGAAGAAGAAAAAGAGGGCAGUGAACAGUGAUUCCAGUGAUGGUGAAUCAAAGAGCAAACACAAGAAAAGGAAAAAGGAAAAGAAAAAGAAGAAGAAAAAGGAGAAGAGAAAAAAGUCUGAGAAGCAAAAAUAGUUCUAUGAAAUAUAGAAAUAGAAAGAAAUGGGGAAAGAAAAUGCCAAAGAAAAUGUCAAAAAAGUUUUCACUUCACGUUGUGUUUAUGUUGCAAAUGAAGUUGAUAUUUAUAUUUGGAAGAGGGUGGACAUAUUUUGAAACAGUUAAUAUAUUUAUACUAUAAUUGUGGGAUUGUGGCAUUUAGUUGGUCAAACGGAUAGACAACUUAACGGUGGCAAACAAUAGAAAGUCUUUUUUGUUAUUAAUAUUGUACCUUUUAUGUAUGAUUGUAUGAUGCAUAAUUAUUUUGUUCACAUCAUCAAAAAACUGUAGUAUUUUAUAAAUCAUUGUUAGAACAGUGAAAACUUGAAGAAACUGAAAUGAAUAAACUGAAUAGUGAAUGUACUAUG